AUGCAGUUAGGUGAAUUAAGUAAUCAGAAACAAGAUAGAGCCGACCAACUCAGCAUAAAGGUACAGAGAAUCCAAUAUUUUAGUACGGAACAUCCCAAGAUUUAUUAUUUGGACACCAAUCAUAUAGAGUACGCAAAUGUUACGGCACGUCGCCACGGGCGUAAAGAUCCAUUCUAUUAUGUAGAUAUACAUGCGCGUACGCAUGUGGCCCUUGGAAACAACUAUACAGCUCACUUCUAUUUCUUCGAGUUUCUGAGCAACCAGUACAAGCGAGGUUUCAUCGAGAUGCACUUCAGAUAUUGUGACCUAAUUCUCAAUAAUAAAUUCUUCGGGGCCGCAAUGAAAAAGAAUCUUCCUGCAAUAUGCCCAUUUCCUAAGGGUGAGUAUCAUCUGUAUAAUAUGACUAUUCCAAUAGAAGAAGUACCGAGGGUAUUUCCUUUCACCAGAGGACGUAUAUAUGUGAAUUUAACAAUAUUGGACGCUGAUGUCGUGAUGGCAGCGUAUAUUGAUCUUGAAGUUAAAGAAUUCACAACGAGAACAUGA